GACUGCUAUCGCUCCCCUCUUACGCUGACGCUUCCUAUUUACUUCUAUGCAAAAAUCGUCAUGUUGCGUCAUCUUAAACAGGAAGUGUUGGAGAUCGAUACGGUUCUCUCCAGUCUCCAGAAAAUAAGAGCUAGGGCACAGCUGCAUAACAAUUUCAACAAGGACAUUAUACUACUCCCCGAUCCAUCAUGGGGAAUAGUGUGCAAACAAGGUGCAAGACUACGGCUACACAAACAUGGCCACAUCCUCAGUGCCUUUGAAUUCCAGAAGGCCUGGGACCACCAGACUGUAGUAGAACGCAUCAGGGAUGGCUUUGGUGAGCACAUUCCGGAGGAUGUCAGCAUCCAGUUACUAAUGGCUUGUGGCAAUAAACUGGUGUCCCCUAUGAUCCAGGAGGGUCAGGAGCUGAAUGGGAUGUUAAUCCAUAAGGUUUAUAGAACCAAAGCCCUGUAUGUGAGACCAUCAAGGAACCUUUUAACUGACUCGGAUGAAGAAAAUGAACUUUCCCACGUCACUACCUCACCAACGUCAAGCAUGCGUGCAAAUGCUGAGGACAGUGAUGAUGAUGAUGUUCCUGUAGUUGUUGGUCCGCAAAUCCACACAGGCAUGCGCAGCCAUGGCACCACAAGGGCUGGUACAAGUUUCAGCAUUCAUACCAACAGCCAUAGAGAUUCCAACCCCACCAGCAGUGAUUUUGAAAACAGCUCUGGCCCAAAUCACGCCGCCAGCAGUGCUGUUAUGAGACCCAGAGCAAUGGAAGGGAGUGAUGGCAACUGUGGCAAUAGUGGUCUUGAUGAAGACUACUCUUCAUAUUUAUCACUCGUGGCUACCUUUCCUGACGAUUCUUCAGAUGAUGAAGAUUUAAACCAGGCAAUAAUUGCCAGUAUGUGCAGAAAAGGUCCCGGUUGAGGAGAUACUGCUGGAACUGUCCAGCAAAAUUAGCUCAAAACAGCGGUG